UCUGAUUGAGAGAUCGAUAUAUAUCUGUGUGAUUCGAGCGACAAAUAAUAAUACAGCGGCUACGCAGUUAUUAUCACGAAAUACACACAGUCUUAACUCGGUGAUACAGAGCGCCGAGCGCGUUGCGUCACAUAACCGGUUUUCUGGUGAAAUGUAGUUUUCGGUCUUCGCACACAUUUUAAUUAAAUUGCUGAAAGUAAUAGUUUUUUUUUUUUUUGUUUCGUGCGUCGCGAUGACAUCACCGAGAUCUGAACUCGCGUAGCUCGCGCGUGCGCGUACGUUCGCAGACUGUGUCUGCGUGCGUUUAACAUUUGUCAUCUUAUUAUUAUCUCAUUACACGUAACGCGAGUAGAGAUACGCGAACACACCAUAAUACAUCGAUCGAAAUUUCGCUGAAUAUCUGCGCACACAUCGCGAUGGCUUAUCGCUUCCUGCUCGCGUUGUAUUUACUAAUUAGUAUCGUCUCUUUAAAUCGGGCGUUGCGUAACGUCGAUAGCGAUGAAAAAUUUCCGGGACCGAUUUUCGCGCGUUACCGACUGCCAAAACAAAUCGUUCCCAUGUUCUACGAUCUAUCGAUCUACACACGUCCGAUCGAGGCGGAUUACGACGGACGCGUACGAAUCGUCCUGCGGGUGCUCGAAAAAAUAGAUUUUGUUGUGUUGCACGCGUACGCGCUAGUCGUAAACAGCGCGUCGCUGUCGGACAAAUCCGGACGGUCGUUUCCGAUCUCGCGAUACAUCUACGAGGAAUACAAUCAAAUGCUCACAAUUAAAUUGGAGCGCGCGCUGGAACCGGGGGAGUACUCGUUGAAAGUAGAUUUCAAAGGACGUAUUGCGGACGACGUCUUCGGCUUUUACGCGAGUUUUUACGAAGUUGACGGAAAACUCAGACGAAUCGGCGUAACGCAAUUCUCGCCCAUUUACGCGCGCCGCGCGUUCCCCUGCAUGGACGAGCCGUAUCUGAAGGCAGAAUUCCGAGUUCGAAUUGGUCAUCACACGGAUCAAAUAGCGACGAGUAACACUCCGGUGGAAUCUAUAGUGAAAAACGGCACUUAUUGCGUGACCACAUUUCGCCGCACGCCGCGAAUGCCCACGUAUCUGGUGGGAUGGGCGGUGCACAACUUCGUUCCGGAGCAAUCGAGAAUUUCGGAGAUCUUCAAAAUGUGGACGAGAGACUCGAUGAAGUUUCGCGGAUCGACGGCCUUGAACCGCGGUCAAGCGGUUUAUUCGGCGUUGCAGACGUGGCUGUCGGUUAGAAGCCCGCUCGAGAAGAUCGAUCAGUUCGCAAUACCGGAUUUCAAUUUUAACGCGAUGGAGAAUUGGGGUCUAAUCACUUACAGAGAAUCGGUGGUGUUGCACGAGAACGAGACCACCCCCACGAGAGUGAUUCUGAACGGAUUAAUCACGAUGGCCCACGAAUACGCUCACAGUUGGUUCGGAAAUCUGGUGACUCCCGCGUUCUGGGACGUCGUCUGGCUGAAAGAGGGCUUCGCCUCGUAUUUUCAGUACUUGGGUGUCUCGUUGGCGAUGCCGGAUUUGAAGAUGAUGAAUGUGUUCGUGAUCGAUUGCCUGCAGCCGGCGCUGCUCGCUGAUUCCGACAAUCACACGCGCGUAUUGAACGGUCGGGAUGUCGGCAGUCUCAACAGCAUCGUGGCUACUCUAGAUUUUGUUUCUUACAAAAAAGGUGCAUCCGUAAUUCGUAUGGUCAGUCAUGUCGUUGGAAGCGCAGCGUUUCGAUCAGGAUUGCAAAGUUAUUUGCGUGAGAAAUCGUACGAAGCAGCCACUCCGUUCGACUUGUAUCGGCAUCUGCAGAUCGCGUUAGACAGAUCAGGAAUGCAAUUGCCCGAGAACGCACUAAUAAAAGACGUCAUAGAAUCCUGGGCGAAUCAACCAGGCUAUCCCGUAGUGACGAUAACGCGAAAUUACACGACAAAACUUCUUGUCGCCUCGCAAGAACGAUUUUAUUUGAACCGUCAAUCGUCGCAAGCAGAUUCUGAGAAAUCCGGUUGGUGGGUACCGCUGACUUUUGUCACCGAAGAAUCCCCGUUUUUCGAUGAAGUUGAUACGACGGCGUGGCUGAAGCCGCGAACCGAGAGCACGACGAUUGGUUACUUCGAACCGAAGUCCUGGGUGAUCUUCAACGUUCAGCAAGUUGGAUAUUACAGAGUCAAUUACGACGAGACGAAUUGGAAGAUGCUCAUCAGCUAUUUGAGAUCGAAAGACUUGGACAAGAUACACGUGACAAACCGCGCCGCUCUUAUAGAUGACGCUUUUAACUUGGCCAGAGCCGGUUAUGUAGAUUAUUCGAUUCCGUUCGACGUUGCGAAGUAUCUCGUCCGCGAGACAAAUUACGAACCGUGGGUCGCCGCGAUGAACAACUUCAAUUUUCUCAAUCGUAUCCUCGCGGUCUCGCCGCGAGUGCAAUGUCUUCUUCAGAAUUACGUGAGUCGUGUGCUCGAACCAAUAUACGAUCUUCUGAGUUUUACCGAAGAUCCCGCUGACAAUUCGACAACGAAAUUGCAUCGCGAGCUAAUUUUAUCAACCGCGUGCUUGGUCAACGACUCCCGCUGCGUGAGAACAUCAAGAAUUUUAUUCAAGUCGUGGAUUACCGCGUCCGAGAAAAGUAUACCGGCAAAUCUAAGAAGUUUCGUAUACUGCGUGGGUAUUCGCGAGGGUGACGAUAAUGACUGGCGCGCGCUUUGGAACAGAUUUCUACGCGCCGACUUACACACGGAGCAGGAGCUCUUGCUGAAUGCGUUCGGGUGUACUAAAAGUCCACGUUUGAUUGACAAAUAUCUCGAUGCGACCUUAAUUAACGGAAUAAAACUUCGCAAACAAUACAGGAUGACAGCGAUCAACGCUGUUCUGAACGGCAAUUUCGAAAACGUGAAUUCUGUCGUCGAUUAUAUCCGCAACAAGUUGCACACAAUUCGCACGGUAAGAGGAGAGGAUUUUGUUAAAAAAAUUCUCACUGCUGUAGGCGAUAAAAUUACAACGGCGGGUCAAUUGGACAAGUUUCGGCUAUUUGUCGACGAGAAUAUCGAAGAAUUGGGAUCGGCGUUGAACUCAGCGAGGAAAGCCAUUGCCGUUGCCGCCGCAACCGUGGCAUGGAUCAAUAAAUACUUAUCUGUGAUUGAAAACGCACUAUUCGGCAAUUAUUUAUAAUUAUAUGUGGAAAUAUUCAGAUUAGUCUUAUGUAUAAACAAUAAAUACAUACAAAAAAACAACCUUUAAUAUAAAUUUUACUAAGUUCUUUUUUGAACCAUAAAAUGUACAGAGAGAAUAAAUAGAACAAA